UCUUCAUUCACUCAUCCAACUUGUUAGUUAGUAUGCCGUGAUUCGUCGCAACCAUUGCAACUGCCAUUUACGCCGUUCUCUAUAGUGUUAAUUUAAAGUUUGUUAAUUUGUUUACCUGUGAAAAUUGUUUAUCAAUUAUCUAGGAUAAUGAUAUAUAUAUAUAAUAAAUACUAAAUCUCGAUUGUCGAUAAAGGAAAACCAUGUCUCUGUUAGAAAAUAACUCAUUUAUUCAAACAUUGACAACAACUUUCCAUCCGCAUGAUGAAGAAUAUGAAAAACAUUAUCACAAUGAUGAAAAUAUGUCAGAUGUAUUAAUUGCAAAAGGAAUCACAAUGAUUAUCUUAUGCACAGUAAGCACUUGCAUGGGUAUUUUACCUAUGCAAAUGGCAAAGUGCUUAAAAUGGAAUAUUUCCAAUGCUGAGAAUCCUAGGUCAACAAAAUUAGUAAGCUUUCUUCUUGGAUUUGGUGGUGGUGUUCUUUUUUGCACAAUGUUUCUUCAUUUAUUACCCGAAGUAAAGGAAGGAUUAGAACAUCUUACAGAAGAAGGAAAACUUCCAGAAUUUAGUUUUUCUUUAUCCGAAAUGCUUACUUGUAUUGGUUUUUUUAUUAUGUAUUUGGUCGAAGAAUCAGUACAUUCAUAUUUGCGGAAGAAAAAAACAUACAGGAAAGAAUUUUCAAAGAAAGAUGUUAGCAGGAGUACCAAUGAAUUAGUCGAAAAUGGAGAAACUUUGCCGAAUUUUGUUAGUGAACAUUCACAUUAUAACGGUCAUGGUCAUUCGCAUCACUUGCCAGUCAUAAUAGAUGAGAAACAUGACUUUGUCAUAAGUUCAUUAAGAGGAUUAUUAAUUGUUUUGAGUUUAUCUGUACAUGAACUAUUUGAAGGACUUGCCAUUGGAUUAGAAAGUUCAGCCUCUUAUGUUUGGUACAUGUUUGCAGCAGUAGCGGCUCACAAAUUCGUAAUAGCAUUUUGUAUCGGUGUAGAAUUAAUUACUUAUAAUACUAGACGAUAUCUUUCGAUAAUCUAUAUUUGCACAUUUGCAAUUGUUUCUCCUCUAGGAAUUGCUAUAGGAAUUUUUCUAGUUGGUGGCGAAAGUGCCGCCGCCAGUGGCAUAUUACCAGUAUUAUUGCAGGGUUUGGCUUCUGGUACUUUAUUGUAUGUAGUAUUUUUCGAAAUUCUUCAAGAACAUAGAAGUGGACUCAAUCAAUAUUUAUCGAUUCUAUGUGGAUUCAUCUUAAUGUUUGGAUUACAGUUGCUAAUAACAAAGAUAGGAGCAAUGAUUGGUCUUGGUUUUGGUUCUUUACUUCUGGGAAUGCUACCGCCGAUUGUCGGACGUUACAGAAUGAAUCAUCGUAAAAAACAACAUUGUGGAAUUUUCAGUAAUUCCAGUACUUGUACAUCGACAUCAGUUUCAAACGCUUCAUCCGCUAGUGUCAUCUCUGGAUCUGCAACGAGUUCACAAGGUUUACAAACAUCGUUGCUGCUCUGUUUUGGCGGAGGAGUUCUUCUCUUCACCACAUUCUUACAUCUAGCUCCAGAAGUCCGAAUUAGCGUAGAAAGACAUCAAACAAACAGUCAACUACCUACUCUAGGCACGCUAAGUUUAUCAGAGCUACUAUUUUGCGCCGGAUUUUUUCUCGUCUACUUCGUUGAGGAGGCGGUACACGCAGCGCUGACAGGAAAACCCGAGUCAUCGGAAGCGCUGCUAUAUAGAACAGUAUCUGUGCGUAGAUGUAAUAAUCAAACAGGUGCAACAUCAACCACAAUUGGAUCGACUACCACAGUAUCCACCACAAUCAGAUCUACAUGGAAGGAAGAUAACAAUGAUUCAGAAGAUAGUGAAAAUAAUUUAAACAAACGCCAAAACGAUUUGGAUGAAUUUCACGAUAGCAAACAAGACAAAAUGUUACCCGCAAUAUUUGUUUUAUCAUCUCCUAUAGAAUUAUCUUCAAAGCAUAGUUCACAAAACAACGUGAAACACUUUUCUGAUGUAGAGUUGAAUCAUUAUCCCAAAAUGGAGCAUCAUGAACACAGUCACGUGACUAUAACAAAAAAAAAAACAUCAAUACAAGGACUAUUAACAGUUCUUGCUUUAUCUUUUCACGCAAUUUUUGAAGGUUUAGCUGUAGGUCUAGAACCUUCUAUUAGUUCUGUUAUUUAUCUGGCUGCUGCAAUAGCUACUCAUAAAUUAGUGAUCUCAUUUUGUGUUGGUAUGGAGCUUUAUGUUGCUGGUGCUUCUACUAAGACUACUCUUGGAUAUCUAACAAUAUUUUCUAUGGUAACACCAAUUGGUAUUGGUGUUGGAUUAGCUCUUGGUCAUUUUAAAAAUGAUAGUGAGAAUUUAGGACCUACUCCAACAAUACUACAAGGAAUGGCCGCUGGAACAUUGCUGUACGUGGUUUUCUUCGAAGUAUUGGCACGAGAGAGAGCUAACGAGAAAAGUGGUCUUUUACAAUUAACUGCCAUAAUUAUCGGAUUUAUGCUGAUGUUGGGUUUACAAAUUGCCACCGCGCAUUCUCACUCUCAUUCACAUUCACAUGAUGAUCAUGCAUAUAUGCAUGAUCAUAAUACUGAACAUCAUCAAGAAAAUGAUCACAAUCACGAGCUGGAUUCCCACGAACAUAUCUAUUCAAAUGACAUGAGCGAACGAAUACUCACUGACAAAAUCUAUAAAGUGACAGAAAGUAUUGCAGAUACUGUGAGCAACGUUUUGUCUUCAACAAUAAAAAUUCCAACUAAUAUAUCUUUUCAAAUUAAUAAUAACGAAACGGUAUUGCACGAAAAUCAAAGUUAAUAUUCAUUAAUAAUAAAAUAUGAAUACUUAAACUAAAGUAUUUAAUAUUUCUUUUAUGGGAUAAAUGAAUCUUGAAAUUUGUCUUAUUUUGCAACGAUGCAUAGUACACGAUAAGAAGAAUAAAAAAGAAGUUUUGAGUGAAAAAGAACAGUAUUAUGAAACUUUGGUUUCAAUCUAAGAAAGGAAAACAAUACUCUUAUUAUACGGGUAUUAUAUGCAUAUGUUACCAAUUAUGCAAAUACAGAUAUUAAAUGGUAAUAUUUACAAAAUAUGAUAGAAAUGUACAUCUAAAACAACAAUAAAAUAUCGCCAUUGUCUUUGAAUGGCCAAAUGUGAUACGAUUCGUAAGUAUAAGUGUAUAAUCGCGUAAUUACUUAAUUUUUUCUUAAUGUAAUAUAAACUCUACAUCUAUAUGAAUUUA